UAGAUGAGUGAAAAUUCACGGGCCGUCAAUACCCUUUUUCCCGUUUUGACGCUCGCAGAAGACAGUUAAACUGCAACGGUUAACGGCAGUUGCCACCGUGCUCCACAUGUGACCGAGCGGACAGGGGAGGGGCUCUCUGUCUCGUGUAUCCUACCGUGGAACACAUAGUUCUAGGCAGCGUAGCUGGGCAUUAGCCAGCAGCAAUAACAGCCACACCAAGGAAGAGACGCCGCCGAGGCAGCAGCAGACAGCUCGACCCGGCUGCAAGCUCGUAUCCCCUCCGCUUUGAAGACAGCGUCGAUGGAGCAGCGACAAGAACAAACUUUUGAUUUGCUGAUGUAGUUGCUGUGAGAACUUUUCUAGCCAAGGACAUUGUCACUACAGCAGGAAAGAAGAUGAGCACCAAGAGGAAGGCAGAGAGCCACUCAAGGGCAACAAACAGAGCACGCAUCUCGAAGUCUGGAGACUCCCGGGCUGAUUCAGAGAGAGAUUCUGGAUUCUCAGAUGCAUGCUCAGAGCACCUGAGCACAAUGGACACCACAGACUCUGAGGAUUCACCACGCCCAGUGGUGAAGCAGGGACCACAAACUUCUGGCUCGGGGCCCCAGCCCUCUCAGCUGGCUGUGGUGAGAGGCUCCUACUCCAACAUCUCUCCCAUGAUCAUCAUGAACAAUGUCCUCCUCAAGCAGCCUGGAGACAAUCCUCCUGCUUUGAAGCCCUGGGGCUUUAGCCCCGCAGUCGAGGUGGUUCAACCUGUGGUCCAACAGCCUCAGGUGGUCUUCCUCCAGCCUGUGGUCUCUCGUCAAGCUUCCCCUGCCUCCAAAGAGGCCUCCUCUAGACACCGGCGCCCUAAGAAUUAUCUUCCAAUCCUGAAAUCCUACCCCAAGAUUGCCCCGCAUCCUGGAGAUGGCUCCAGUUCCUCAGGGAGAGGAACUGCUUCCUCAUCUUCCUCCACCUCCUCGUCUUCUUCGAGGUCAGAGAGAGGCAGCAGUUUGACCUCCAGCCACCGGGAACACUUGCAGAGAGAGAAGCAGCAGAGAAGUCUGUGUGGAGGUGCCACUAACUCUGGCUCAACCACUCCCAGUCUUCCUGCUAGCCCCGGCACCAUGUCUCCUCUGCUCCAAAGCCGACUUUCUCGCCACACAACAGAAGACAGCGCCAGCAAUAGUCCUGCCAGUGAGAGGCCUUCAUCAACUGUCAGCCAGUCAGAGUUUACCACCUCUCUGUCUUUGACUUACACCGCUGGCACCAAAAACCAGACACUCCCUGUUCCCCAGGCAGCCACCCAAGAGAGCAGCUCACCAGGACAGCAUGACCACAGUGAUAGUGAUGCUGAUAUAAAGAGAAAGCGCUUCUGCAACACUUACAACAUCCUGAGCAAAUCUGGCCUGCUAGACAUCGCACUGCGCACCAAGGAGCUCCACCGGCAGAACCGACGCACCCAGAGCGACCUAGACCAGCUCAAAGAACACACAGACCUCUUCAUUCAGGCUCUGUGGAGCGGUGACACCAGUAUCUGUGUUAAGCUGCAGAGUAGCCUUCAGGAGGAAGACAGAGAGAAAGAUAUGGAGAGAGCUGCUCAGACCAUCUCAAAAGCAGAUUAGGACCUAGACUAGUGCUAGACAGUAAUCCUUCAGACUGAGAUAGGGAAAGAAGGCCAGGGUUGGGGGUUGGAGUGUGUGGAGAGAGAUGAACCGAAAGUAACGUGCUCCACAAUACACGCCCUUCCCCAGACUCUCACAUAGACAGCAUGCUGUGGCCUACAUUUCGGCUGAUGGCUGCCGUAGGGCCCUGACACACCAACCCGACCCCAAAGAUUUAGUGCAGACUUUAUGUUGCCUCAAAUCCUUUGCUAGAAGUUGCACGUGAAGUCAUUCUAAGACUAGAGCUUGACCUCCAGUGAAUAUGCUCUGCAUUGGUGUCCAUGGAAAUAUCUUUGGUCUGCAGCCUGCCACAGAAUUUCUGAAAACAGUCUCCUGGUGUGCUCAAAUUAUGAAUUGAGAAUGUUGAUAAAAAGAAAUUUUCAAAGUUUCAGUGAACAUUGCACACUUUGCUUUACUGUAUUGUAGUGCUGUAGUGUUGUUCGCCUGCAGCCUUAAAAUAAGACAUUACUUAGAUGAAAAAACAAAACAAAACACUGAAUCAGUUGUUAGGUCUGUCACAGGGUGCUCUCUAAUUGCCUCCAUCGCUGACACGGCAGGUUUGUUCAAACAACCACAGAUAAGGUCUGACUAGUGCCAUCGGCGAAGGACACGCAGCACAAACUACUGGCAAUGGUCGGUCACACACUUAAAGUGCUGCCCAGUCGGCAACUGUCGGCUUGGUGUGUCAGGGACACAGAACCGCAGCUCACUGUUCUGCCACAUUGAGCCUGACUAGGUCCCUUCUACUGAAACUGCAACUCUGCUGCACAAAAAUCUUUUGCUCAUUGGCAAUCAAGACCCAAAAGCCCGGGAGAUUUGGAUCAAAGACACAAAGGGAUGAAUGAAUACAAAACUUUUUGCUUUUCUUUUUUCACUGAAUGCACAAUACAUGCAUAGAUUCUGAAAGCUUGAUUAAGACCCCUAAAACUGGAUUUUUCUAAACUAGUUUAGUGCAAAGCAUGGUUUUCAUCUUAAACUGGAAACCAUCAGUGCACUACUAACAGAAUGUCUCACUACAUGAACUGAAUUAGGCUGGUAGUUCUCUAAGCUGUUCUCCACUGAUGCUUAACAGGCAUCCAGUUAACAGUCAAAGUAUGAACACAAUCGCAAUGAUUUUAUGCAGCAGUUACAAUUAUGUAACCUCAAUGAUUUAUGACAGGCUUAACAAAAUGUUCUGGAGAUCACAUUGAAUGCGUCCAAGACCUCUUGCCAGCCAGCAUCUUUAAAUAGACAAACAUGCCUAAAGUGUCUUUUUAGUUCCUGCUGCAUUUUAAAAGUUGAUGUGAAAGAUUUGGCACAGCCCACUGACGGUUCCAAGUUUAGCGUCACCAUCAUGUUGAUGGCAGCUAUGAUUCAGUGCAAACUGGCUGGACAUAAAGCUUUUAGCAGCCAUUUAGAUGCUUCCCCAAUGACAUCCCAGCGUAAACGGUGCUUCCUAUAAUUCAACCAUAUUUAUCAGUGACUUGUGAGUGAGUUCUAUCAUUUGUUUUUGUGUGCAUUUUUAUAUACACAUGGAUGUAAUUUAAUGUGACGAUAUUAUCUAACUUUUUCUGUUUUAAGUUCAUUUCUAUUUUCGUCUGUAUGAAAUAUUUGUUGUGUGAACCUUUUCUGAGACAGCCAUCAAGUUGUGUUUCAGUUGUGCAUCAACUUUUGGUGUCAGAAGUCCAGGUUUUUUUGUCCAGAUUAUAAAUUUUUCGGAUGUUUUAUAAAUUAUGGCCUUAUUAUCCAAGCCCAGUGUAUCUCACAGAACUUUGAAUUUGCACUAAAAUAAUCUGAGUGUCGCUCUGAAGCAACGUCUGGGCAGAAUUUAAUGGCAGCUAUGAUACCUCAUUUGAGGCAAGCUGCAAAAGGCUUUUUGUUGAAGUUACAGUACUUGAAGUGCAUUGUGAGGCAACAUAAGCACACUAUUAGUGUAUAUAGACUAUCCCCAUAGUACAGUGGUCUCAAAUUGGGGGCCACAGCAAGAGGGGUGUGGGUGACCAGGGGUUAAAUAUGGACUGAAAGUUGAAUGAAAUCAUUUAUAUAGGGAAAAUACACAAAGAGCUUACUGAUGCUAUCGUGCUGACAUUUAUUUAACUAAAAUUAAACUUUUAUUAGUUCCUUCCCCGAUCACAGUUAAAGAUGAUAUAAGCAUACUGUUUACACGUUUUUAAUUACCAGCCGUUUCCCCAGUAUUAGACAGGUUUUUGCUUAUUUUUCUUUAACUAUAAAAUAAUAUUUGACGUGAUAAUCCUUGCUGUGCUUAUGUUGACUUAAAAUGGCUCGUGAGGACACCUCAAGUAAGGGGUCAUUUAUAGUUUAGCAAUCCUGGCCCAUGUGAAUAUAAAAACAUAAGUUUAAAAAGUUCAUGUGCUUUUGUGACGGUCACGUAUUCUGUGGCGAAACGUAUGGAAGUCUCUGUCACACAAACUCAGAAGUUUUGUUCUUUUGUGAAUGAAUUGUGGGUGUUCUGAAAAAAAAUCACACCUGUUGUGUUGAGCUUUCAAAGGGACUUUUAUCUUUUAUAUUGUAAACAGACGGACAUGUCAACAGUUCUGUCUUUAGCAGAUGAUCCCAUAAUCUGUUUCAACAAUAAAUACUGUAGAAUAAUUAGUAUGUGUCAGGUUUGAUAUGUGUUUAGGGUCAUUAGCAGAUUACAUCUGAGUCUGUCAUUUUAUGGGUUUAUGUAUAGAGAUUAAUUUGGCUUUUAAACUGGUUGUGGCUCCAAGUAAGAUUCUUGACUUCUGUCUGAAUCUGCUCUGCCUUUAUCUUAAAUGGGCUCCUUGUGUUUUCCCAUUAUAAUGAGUGUAAUUUAAGUGUAGGAAAAAAAAUCAUGCUGACUGUACUGUUCAGAAGACCCACAGUUCAUUUAUGAAGGAACCUUAAUGCGUGUUUUUGUGUUUGUGAUUUAAUGCUGCAUAUUUUCCAAACGGAAAUGGAAGUUCCUUUAAUAAUUAAUCAUCUAACACGUCAUGGCCGUGCAUCUCUCACAAAGUGUGUAAACCUUAUGACAAGAUUUUAAUUGCCACAGCAAAAUGAUUUUUAUGCAUUGAAAGGAAAACUGAAAAUAUUUUCAUAUGGCUGUAAUAUUUGUGCUGUUGUCAUUGUGAUAGAUCAGUUAUUUGUUUAAAUACCAUGUGUCCUUAAUGAAGGUCUUAUUAACACUCAGACCAGGAUGGCAGCAAGACUUCUGGCACUAGUCUAGUCUUUUUUGCUUUGGCCAAAAACAAACAAAUUGUGCCCCUACUAAUGCAAAUGUUCCUUUUCUUUCUUUGACCAAGAACACAUUUACCUAAACUGUAAAUGUCUAGAAUUAUGACAAAAUGAUUUCCCCUCAAUCAGAUGCAUAGACAGAUGCUAUAUUCUUCAAUUAAUGUUGAUAUGAUGUUCGGGUUGCUGUAGAGUCUGAAAAUCUUAAAAAUGGUUCGAUGACCUUCUGCUGAAAUUAGAUCUCUCUGUGCUGAUUCUGGUUCCCUGCCAGUGGAAUAAAUCGAAAAGGUCUGUGAUGUUUUGGCUGAUAAUAGCACAUCUGCGGUCAUGUCUGUCUUGUUUUUAAGAGCUUUCCUCAUGGGCCGCCAUCAGCUUUUGUAGCACAUUUAUUUAUUGAAGAGCGGUUACCAUCAACUCACAGUAAUCUAAAGUUUGGAUUUCUUUGACUGAACUGUAUCAAACCAUAAGUCUGUGGUACCGCUGUUAUAUAUAUGCUACAUGCAGUGUCAUAGAUCGUUGUGACCGUCGUCGUGAUCAUGCUAAGUGGCUGCAAUUUUCUGCAUCAAUGUUUGAAACAAAAGAGGUUAAUAAAAAAAAAACUUAAGAUGCUUUUUUUAGUCUGUACAGUUGGACACCUGUAAUUUUAUAACACUGGAUUUUGAGUUUUUCAUCUAAUUGCUGGCAGCUCUGUCUCCUCGGUGAGGUUCAGUCUGCCUUCUUUCAUUUUAAAGAUACUGAAGAUGUUUAUGAAAAAGAUUGUGAUUGUUUUAUCAAAAUGUUUCAGUAGUGCACCAGCUGGCGAUGGACAAAAUGAUCUUCAGCUCAAAUCAUUCCUUUGCUGGACUGAAUGUAGCGUGGGUGGCUGGCAAUCUUUUUUUUCUACUCAAAAAAAUGUAAAUGUUUGAAGUUGUUGAAAUCCUCAUGGGAUUUGCCACUAUGGAGGAUUUAACCAAAACAUGAGUUUCAUGCCUUACAAUUGAAAACCAUCUGGAGACAUGGAAAUGCUUCAGCUUUUCCAAUCAAAGCUCAGUGAACUAAGGUUGAGAAAGGGUUUGAUGUAACAUGCUUUAGCGCUCUUUUUGUACAUUUUAAGUUACUCAUUGCUUGUGUAAUAAAUGUCAUUCCAAAGAAAAUUUUCUUGUUGGC